UCUCAAUGGGUUCCGUCCACGCUCUUUCACCUCGAAGUUGAUGCCACCGGCCUUGGACAGGCUCCUCGCCAGCCCCUCGGCCCUGCGACUGCUGCGAUCCAUCGUCACCGCCCCGGAGCUGCCUGUCUGCCACACGACUAUCCAAUGUUGCGCAGCUAAGAGCAUUGCUGCGAAGAGGACGUACGCGAACAACCAUGGACCCCCUACAAAGAGCAAAUGGCAGCGCUGGAACGAGAUGCAGGAGCGUCUCGUCCGUGAACGAGAGGAUCGAUUGAAGGAGCUGCUUGACGGCGAUGGCAAUGCCCCUGCAAAGGUUGCUCCUUCGAGAGCGCGACCGCCAGCAGGGUUCGACUUCCUAAAGGACAAAGAGGAAGAUUUGGCAGAGGAAGUCUAUGACGAGGAUCUGGUCGAAAUUCAGGACGAGGAUCUGGUCGAAAGUCAAGACGAGAAAUGGGCCGCUAAACUCGCCCAUCACGACCGCCUCGAUGGCCUGCGAGGCAUAUUCGCCGUCUGGCAUGCCCGACGCAGGGAAGGCUACCGCCUGCCGAUUGAGAAUAGCUCUCAUGCCCAGUUCCUAUGGGCCACUUUUGCGCGACACCCAAAGCUCGUGAACUACCUCAUCGAACACGCCGUCGAGCUGCAGCAGGAGAAGGGCGAGACCUACCCGCGCUUGUACUCUGUCAUCAUGGGCUACUGGCUCGUGCGCAAGCCUAAAGAAGCACUGGAGUACCACCACCAGAUGUUGGUGAAGCUUGGACUGAGGCGACUUCCACUGCGAGAGCUGGCGCUGUCAAUCAGGAAUUAUGGGCACACGGCACAGGAAGCCUUGCUGUACAUAUACCGCAACAGCAACGAGCGUGACCUGUACGACGAGGCUGUGCCGCGUCUCAUCGAGAGUGGGAAUAUUCUGAUGGCACGCCGUUGGCACAAUCUUUGCACCUAUCGAGAUGACCUGCCCUCCGAGUCUUUCGCCGCCCAUCCUGUCAUCCAGCUCUUCACUGCCGAGUCCUCUACGAUAUCGAAGCCGAACGUUCGCUCCACGAAAGCCCAGCGCGACAAUCCGAACCUUGACAAAAGCCUCAUGCGGAAGCUUCUUGGGCGUGACACUGCCCCUGUUCGCUUCGACGACUCCUUCACAGCCCGAAUGUUCGCCACCAGAACUGUACACAUCGAGUCUAUCAUCAAGGGGCUGACUAUGGUGGGUGUGAACGAGAUAGGCCCACAGGCAGUCUCAGCUAUGGCGUGGCGGACGCAGCCCAUCACCGAACUUCCACGUCGGUUUGAGCAGCUUCGAGAUGCGGGCAUUGCGCUCCAGGGCUCUGUCUUUUCACUUGCCCUGGAGAAAUUUGCCAUGGAGCAGAAGUGGGAUCUCGUGCGAAGCAUGCUUGAGAGCGACCAGCAUCCAGAUGUCUACGGAGAUGCACAAACGCAACGCGCAUUGUUGACCUACUACUUGAAGCAGAGGGACAUGCAGCAGGCUCAGCGUACACUCGCCGUCCUCACGCUCUUCCACAACGAUGCCAGCCGAGAGUCUUGGAACAUACUUUUGCAGCUGCGCAUCGGCGAGUCUCGACCGCAAGACGCCUUCAACACCAUGCUUGAGAUGCGCAGUCACGGUAUUACCCUUUCCAGCAAGACCAUGGUACUUGUCAGAAAUAUCUUAGCACUGCGACGGCCCGGCCACCGUCCGACGUCUCGCCGCGGUUUCGACGACCUGCGUUACGUUACGCGCUUCCACAUCACCGCCCUUGAAGCCGGCAUGACACGCGUCCCACCUGAAGCUUGGUACGAGAUCAUCCGUCGGUUCGGCAUGCUAGGGCGCUUCCGCGAGCUCAAACGCCUACUGCUCUGGCUACUGAGCUGGUAUGCACCACGCGGUAGCCCCGAGUUCCCCGAUCUCCCACGAAGUACUUACUUUGAUGAUGCUACAAACAAGUUGCGCCGCCUGUACCCUGUCAGCAGAUAUACUUCUUUACAUUACUAUAAUUUCCCCGCCGACGUGCCUCAAGAGGCAGACGAGAAUCAUCCGAUUCGUAUCCUCUUUCCGCCGUCCCUCCAGCAAGGCCUCCUCGUCUGGGGUUUCCGCGCAAGUGCACUCAACUCCGCAAUACUCGAACAGUCUCUCCUCAACUCUGUCGCGGCGAAACGGCACCAUCGACCCAAUCUCCUCCGCAACGGCAUGCUAAAACGCUUGCACUGGAACGUCGGUCUCAAGCUGCUCGUGCAGCUACGAGACCUGAAAGUGCACGUCCAUCCGCACACCGUGACGAAGACACUUCAAGCACAGAUGAUCAAUCUCUUUGGCCACGGACGCUCGCGGAUCAUGGCCAAUCGGAGGAUGGAGCAGUCUAAUACUACACCGUAUGCAGAUUACGUCAGGGAGAUCAACCGCGUGUGGGGCGAGCCGCUGCUCACAGAGCCGCAGAAGCUCGGCGCUAGUAUGCUCGACGGGCACAAGUGGCACCCCAGGCUGAGGCGCAGGGUCGACCGGAAGAAGGAAGUCAGCCUCAAACAGGCCUUGCGCGAGGAUGCAUGCAGAGAGGUUGCGAGUGAAGAUGGCCAUGCAGGUAGCACGGCACUGGACGAGUUGGCCAAGGUCAAUGAUGCGCACGCCAGAGGGAGGGAGUGAUAUGUACGAUAUGUGUUUUUAAUGAUACCCUUCGAUCCACAAA